GGGGAACCGAGAGCUUUUGGGAUUGGCCGGAACGUGUUCCGCCCAGUUUUGAGCUUCGGAAACAGGCCGCUGCCUCUGUUCUAGAGUAGCUUCAAUAACAAACUUUCUCGUUCCAGCGUUAGUCUGCGAUAUACCGGUGUAUUAUUAUAGUACUAGUGCAAUAAUAAUCAAUUAUGGAUCAUACGUCAGUGUUAGGGAUGAUGCACCAUUCUCAUUUCGAUAACAUGGGGUUGUACGAACAACCGAGGCCUAAGUUUAUUUUUAAGAUGCCUCGGGUGGUACCUGAUCAGAAAUCGAAAUUUGAAAGCGACGAACUGUUCAGGAGAUUGAGCAGAGAAAGUGAAGUCCGUUACACAGGUCAUAGAGACCGACCGCAAGAAGAACGAAUAAAACGGUUUUUGACCGCCUGCCAGGAAGGUCACACCGAAAUAGCCUUUUCCACUACAGGCACCAAUUUGCAAUUGAUUUUCAACCCUCCAAAUCCCGGUUACAUGUCCGAGAAUCAGUGCGAUUUUGAAAAGGAACAAGGAAAGGUUCACAUAAAAUCUUCAUUCAUAAUGAACGGCGUCUGCGUCAGAUGGCGUGGCUACAUCGAUUUGGAACGUCUGGAUGGUUUGGGUACCCUGGAAUUUGACGAAGAAUUUGCUGCCAAUGAAGAUGCCACUUUGCGACUCCAAAUGGAACGGUACACUCAAAGAUUGAGGGAGUACGAAGACAAUAAAUCCAGAUAUAGGUUGGACAGGCCGGAACAAGAUGAGGCUCGUUGUUCAACCAGGCUCAGUUCAGUUCAGUCGGUGAGAUCGAGAGUAGUGUCGGCUCGAGUCAUGGAUCACACGGCAGUGUUAGGGAUGAUGCACCAUACGCAUUUCGAUAACAUGGGGUUGUACGAACAACCGAGGCCUAAGUUUAUUUUUAAGAUGCCUCGAGUGGUACCUGAUCAAAAAGCUAAGUUUGAAAGUGACGAGUUGUUUAGGAGAUUGAGCAGAGAAAGUGAGGUUCGGUACACAGCUCACAGAGACCGGCCUCAAGAUGAACGAGUUAAACGAUUUUUAGCCGCCUGCCAAGAAGGACACACCGAAAUAGCUUUUUCUGCCACUGGCACAAAUCUACAGUUAAUUUUCAACCCUCCAAAUUCAGGCUAUAAUAUGUCUGAUAAUAUUUGCGAUUUCGAAAAGGAACAAGGAAAGGUUCAUAUCAAGUCCUCAUUCAUUAUGAACGGCGUCUGUGUCAGAUGGCGCGGUUACAUGGACUUGGAACGUUUGGACGGCGUCGGAGCUGUAGAAUUUGACGAAGAAGCGGCUGCUAAUGAAGAUGCCACUUUGAGACAUCAAAUGGAACGUUAUACGCAAAGGCUGAAGGAGUUCGAAGAAAAUAAAACUAGGUAUAGGCCUGAACAUGAUGGACCUGGGUCUUUGCAAAGGCCUUACAUGAAAUUGUAUUAGAAAACUAACCAACUAAAACAUUAGAUAGUUCUAUGUUAUAGGUAAAACAGUUUGUGAUAUUGUGAUAAAAGUUUAGUGACUAUUCUUAGUCUGAAUGUAUUAUUUGUAAAUUCUAGAUUGCCAAAGAAAGAGACGAUGUAGGGUACCUAUGAAUUGUUUUAGUUUUAGCCACAAACCUCUCUUUGCAAUUCUUUAAGCGAUUUUCUUCUGAAUUAUUGCACAUUGAAUGUUAAUUUAUGUCAUUUUCUAUCAUCAUUGAAGUAAAAACAAAAUAUAUUCUUGCACUGGUUUAAGUAUUAGUAUUCAGUAAUCACAUUUUCUUAUAUUGUCUCUUUUUCUGUAUUAUUAUUAUUAGUAAUCCAUGUUAUUUCUUCUCAGUAUUUUGUAAAUAUUUGUUAAUAUAUAUUUUUUUGCUGCGAUAUUUUCUAUUAAGUACACAUGUAAAUAUUUUGUUUAAUUAAAGUUUUUUUUCAAAUUACCACAUAUUUCGUUUUACUUUUUGUCAUAAUAUGAGCAUGUCACUGUGGCACCCAUCCCUACAUGAUAGAUAUAGCCUAUAUAUAGAACAUUACCAGUUUUUAAUAACACUAUAUUAGAAGUCAGCCAGUUGUGAAAGACUGUUGUAAACAUUCAUCAUUUAUAAUUAAUAUAAUAUUAUUUAACAAAAACCUAUGUCUCAAUCAAGAAAUAUAACAUGUCGCAGUCUUGUAUGGUAAUUGAAUAAAUGGAUAGAAAGUUUUGUACGUUAAUAAUCACAUUUUUCGAAGAAAAAUAAUGAUGAGUGAUGUAAGACUACCACCGCCCUUGCCCUUUGAGGGAAACCUCUCAGAAAACUUUAAGAGGUUUGAGGAAAACCACCUAUUUGAAAUAUUAUUUCUUCAAAUCUUGACUUAAAUU